AACGCGACAGCAAGCGCAGCUGAUCACACACAUACACACACGCCCACAAACACACACACACACACACAAAUACACAAUCAAAGCAUGUUGCUGUUGUCGCUGGCAAUGUCUAUGCUGCUGCUGCUGCAGCUGCAACCAACUGACGCUGCUGCAUUGCCGGAGAGCUCAGCUCAGCCAAGAGCUGCGCGUUUGCUGGAUCGCUACAAUCAUCGCUAUCCGGAUGGCAGCUACGAGUUCCGCUUUGAGCUGGACGACGGCACGGCGCGUUAUGAGCGCGGCUACUUUGCCUACGUGGAUAAGCAGAAGACGUUAAUGGUAGUGGGUUACUAUUCCUAUCGCAUGCCCGACAAUCGUUACAUAACUGUAUUCUAUAAUGCCGAUCAGUAUGGCUAUAGACAGAAUCAAUCCAUUACGCCUGAAAUUUACCCCAAUCUGCCGCGUUCCAUUGAGGUGCCCGCUUUGAAGGAAACAAGCACUGCUAUGCCCACUGUGCCAGCCACAUUGCCCACUGUGCCUGCGCGUCGAACGCGCUACUGAGUUUUGAGCUACGCUUAAA